AGUUCGGGUGUCUGACUUUUCCACAACAUUUGGAAAGGACAGUGGAAAGUCUUUGACAACCCCGGAACGCUGAAGACGGUCGUCAGAAAAGGAGACGUCAGACAUCUGAGACGUCAGAUUCCCACCGGGAGUCAGAGAGCCGCCUGGGUCUGACUGGAAGUCAUUGGCGCCAGCGUGGGAGCCCUGGGCUCCAGGCCCGCUGCCGGAGCAGUUCUAAGCUUGACGGUGGGUAGAGCUGCCCCCAAAACCGCCUGAGUACACUGGUUUUCUUAAUCUUUGGCAUCAACCGUGCACUCUGCCAGCCAGUUAAGAAAAAAUGGCUUCUCAAAAGGACACCGACAGCCUUAGUUUCAAAGAUGGUUCCCCCAACUGUGAAUCUGCAGCUCAAGCUAAGGAACCAAAUAAUGCCGAGGAAAAGAAGUUCCAGAGACUAAGAGACAACCAGGGCUCCUGUCGGAUUUACCAGCGAGCUAUGGCGGGAGUCCUAGGAAACUCAAUGUCUAACAGAAAGAGUGAGGCUGUCACUAGAUCAAAAGUAAGCAGCAUAGAGCUUGGUAAACCUAGAGCCCCUGCUAUGCCUACAACCUCUGGUAAGGGUCCUAAGGCUCGAGGAUGGCCUGGCAUGGAACCUCCUGAGGCUGGGGCUGAGCACCCUAAUGCUGGAGAAAAUCCUGGCACGGAGCUUCCUGAGGAUAGGAAAAAACAUUCUCAGGCUAUGGUAAACCCUGGAGUGGGGCACCGUAGACCUGGAGCUGCUCCACAACCUGAAAGGGCGCCCCCUAAGUCCGGGGCAGAGGCUCCUGAGCCUGGAAGGGAACCUCCAGCGCUCAGACCAGAGGCUCCUGAACCUGAAACAGCUGCUCCUAAGGCAGAAGGGGAGCAUGCAAAACGUGAAGCCUGUCCAGAGCCUAGAGUUGUACGUCCAAAGAUCAGAGAGGUGUGUCCGAAGAUCAGAGAGGUGCGCCCAAAGGCUAACUCCGGAUGGAAGGCAAGUCAAUAUCCAUCCAGCAUUGUCUCCUUUACUACUCAGGAAGGGUCAUGCUCAAAGAUGAGUGGAUUUGAUAAGGAGCCACUUGCUGACCAGAGGACAGUCAUUCAUGAGAGAAACUAUCAAUCCUUAAACUUGCAAGAUGAGGAUAACAUAAGCUCAGUAAUUGAAAAGCCUGAAAAGAUGAUUGAGGUCACCACCUCUUCAGAAAGUGACUGGCCUGAUGUGCCUGAGGAGGAACUAUUUUCACUGGGCCCCACAGUUGCUGCAGAGUUUCCAGUCCAUGACAAUGACCAUGCCAGCUCCCCUGACAGCAGCGAGACCUCCAGAGCAGCCUUGGGGGGGACAUUUACAUCUGAGUUCCCCAAAGGUUAUUCCUACUACUCGGUGAGCUCUGAAGAGACUGACAUGCAUAUCCCCAGAAUGGGUGAAGAAUAUAGACAUCCUCAUGUAACUUUACCCUCCAGACUUACAGAAGAGCUAACCAUAACAGAAGGUUUCACUGAUACCCACUGUCACUUGGACAUGCUGUAUGCCAAGCUAUCCUUCAAAGGAAACUUUAGCACAUUCAGGCAAGUUUAUUCCCACACCUUCCCUAAUGAGUUUGAGGGCUGCAUUACUGAUUACUGUGAUCCUCGUACCCUAGAAUACAACAAUUGGGAAGAGCAUUUGAAAGAUGACAUGAUUUGGGGGGCAUUUGGUUGUCACCCUCAUUUUGCAUGUUACUACACAGAUGAUCAGGAAAGACGCAUCUUGCAUGCCUUAAGGCACCCUAAGACUAUAGCCUUUGGGGAGAUGGGGUUAGAUUAUUCUUACAAGUGCCACACACCAAUUCCAAAGCAGAUGAGGGUAUUUGAGAGGCAGCUACAGCUGGCAGUGUCUCUCCAGAAGCCAGUGGUGAUUCACUGCCGAAAUGCUGACAAAGAUCUGCUGGCCAUCUUGAAAAGGUAUGUGCCCCACGACUACAAGAUCCACAGGCACUGUUUUACUAGUGAUUACCAAGUCAUUCAACCCAUGCUGGAAUACUUUACAAAUAUGUAUGUAGGCUUCACAGCACUUGUAACUUACACCUCUUCUUGGAAGAUCCAAGACUCUGUGAGGAAAAUACCACUGGAAAGGCUGCUGGUUGAAAGUGAUGCUCCUUACUUUGUGCCUCGGGGUGUUUCUAGGGCUGCUUGCCGGUAUUCUCACCCAGGCAUGGCCAUGCAUGCAAUAAGGGAAAUUGCCAAAGUCAGAAAUGAGCCUGUUACUCACAUCCUGACUGCCUUACGUGAGAACACCAGGCGCAUCUACAAUAUUUAA